AUGACCGAUGAUACAGAUUCAAUUCCCCAAUCUCAUGGUCACUGUUAUGGCCACGUUCUUAUUCGCCAGCGUGCAGGCAAGGUACAAGAUCUUAUGGAACUUCGCAUCUGCGUUGUUGGAAAUGUAGAUGCUGGAAAAUCUACCCUUCUUGGCGUCCUGACUAAAGAUGCGUUGGAUGAUGGACGUGGUAAAGCACGAGUUAAUCUAUUUCGUCAUAAGCAUGAAAUCGAAAGUGGUCGUACAAGCUCAGUUGGAACUGAGAUUAUGGGUUAUGAUUCUAUUGGACGGAUUGUCACUCCCUCCAUGUUGGGUAAACAACGAUUGAACUGGAAUGAUAUUUGUCUUGAAGCUUCCAAGGUCAUUACAUUUCUAGACCUUGCUGGUCACGAAAAAUAUUUGAAAACCACCGUGUUUGGCAUGACAGGUUGCUCUCCUGAUUAUACCAUGCUCAUGGUGGGUGCCAAUGCUGGGAUUAUUGGCAUGACUAAAGAGCAUCUUGGCUUGGCUUUGGCAUUACAAGUGCCAGUAUAUAUUGUGAUUACAAAAACUGACAUGUGUCCAAAGAAUGUUCUUGAAAGUACAAUUAACCAACUGGUCAAGAUUCUCAAGUCUCCUGGAUGUCGCAAGAUUCCCAUGUUUAUUCGAACCAUAGGCGACGUUCUUAUGACUUCUGCCAACUUUGUCAGUGAACGUGUAUGUCCAAUCUUUCAAGUCUCUAAUGUUACUGGAAGCGGUUUAGAUUUACUCAAAAUGUUUCUCAAUAUCCUUCACUCUAAUGGAAGCAACAAGUAUGACGUCAAAGCACCAUCCGAAUUUCAAAUCACCGAGACAUUUUCAGUUCCAGGUGUUGGUACCGUUGUCAGCGGUACUGUGAUUUCUGGAAUUAUUCAUACUGGUGAUUCUUUGAUGCUUGGUCCAGAUUUCCUAGGCCAAUUUGUUCCCGUUACAGUAAAGAGUAUUCAACGAAAAAGAGUGAAUACACCUUGUGCUGCAGCAGGUCAAAGUGCUAGUUUUGGACUCAAAAAGGUAAAGCGAUCUGGAUUACGGAAAGGCAUGAUUAUGAUCAACAAAUCAUUGAAUCCCAAAGCAGUUAUGGAGUUUGAGGCAGAAAUUUUGAUUUUGUAUCACAGCACAACCAUUGCAUACAAAUACCAAGCCAUGCUGCAUUGUGGUGGUGUGCGUCAAACAGCACGGAUUGUUGGCAUGGACAAACAGAUUCUACGUACUGGUGAUCGUGCUGUGGUUCGAUUCAGAUUCAUGCAAUACCCAGAGUAUCUCAAGCUUGGUGCCAAGUUGCUUUUCCGUGAAGGCCGAACCAAAGGAAUUGGCAAAGUUCUUCGUGUGAUUACCAAUGAAGAGCUUAAACUUGAAGCAACGCGAGCACAAUCUAUCCAGUCAACUGACAAUCCAGUUCCAUUCAAACCCCGAAAUGCCAUCGAGACUGCUGUCUAACCGUAUAUUUUGGAACGAGUCGGGAUUUUUUGUCCAAGUUCACAGCUCUCCUCUUAACUCGAUGAUUUGUGCUGGAUCCUACUCGUUUUCAAUCUUGAAGCUACAUCAGUUGGUUGAUUCUCAUAAACUAUGCUACUAUGUUUUUGGUAGCAUUUAGACCAAUUUAUUUUUUCCAGUUGUAGAGCCGACGUUUGGAGCCAAAUGCGCUGAUUUAUUUUGAAAAUAGUAAAAUGAAAAUACGAAUGGUUCAGGUUAUUUUG